AUGAAACGCCCGCUGCAUGCUGUAGACCUCAAGGCAGGUGCAGCAGCACCAGGGGGCCCCCCUCCUCAGGCAGCCAUGCUACCCUUUGGGGGACCCCUGGCAUCUCUGAGCCCUGAGGGGCCCCCGGGGCCCCUCGGGAGUCAGCUGUACCCUUUAAAACCCCCUGGUAUAUGUGAGAGGGAAGGAGGUGGAGGCCUGGCUUCCAAACUGCAAAGGGGGGGGGCCCCUCCCUCUCCUUGCAGCCGCAGCACUGAUGUGUACAGACACCCCAGCUCACCGCCUCCUCUUCCUCCUGGAGCUGAAGUUAUUACUGUAGAGGACGACGAUGAAGAAUUGCCGCCUCCUGCUUCUUCUGCUGCAACAAGUUCCUCUUGUAGCGCCGCCCAGCAGCGCCAACUGAACGGCACCAACAGCAGCAGCGACAGCAGCAGCGACAGCAGCAGCAGCGGGAGCAGCAGCAGCAGCGGGAGCAGCAGCACCACCGGGAAGCAAGCCAGCACCGGAAACGGCGUUGUUGAAGAUGCAGCGGUUGGUAGUGAUGGAAGGCACAACAGCAGUAGCAGCAACGUUUCUUCGUGUGCAGGAUCUGCUGCUGUGGCAGCAGCAGCAGCAGCAGUGUGCGCUGCUGCUGGAGCUUCUGCUGGCAGUGUGAAGCCCUUCAGCGGAGCCCACAGCAAAAGCAUAUGGGUGCAGGGGCGGCAACGACCUGAGCAGCUGGAGAGGCAUUUGUUAGAUUUGCAUGCAAAAGAAGCAGUAGGGAAGGUGUCUUUACGAAAUGCAGUGUUUCCUUCUGCUGCAGCAGCAGCAGCAUUUAUGAGGGCUGUCUCGCAGCUGCCUCGCGUUACCUCCUUAACUCUUACUGCUGCAGAGAUGCCGCCUGAACAGUUUGCUGCAGUUUGUGGCGUUCUCUCCUCUUGUCGAUUUUUAAAUCACGUCGACUGCAACGCAAUUGGGAGCCAGCCGCUGCGUGCUGCAGCGCUGCAGCAGCUGCUGCAGCAGCUGCAGCAGCUACCGGAUUUGCGGGAGCUGAAUCUGUCGGGGAAUGACUUUGCUGCUGCUGCUGCUGCUGCAGCUGCUGAGGAGAGGGAGGUUGGGGGCCCGCUCCCUGAUGCAUUUCAGCUGCUUAAGGGCCUCCUGCUUAGUGGAGUUCUCUGUCUACUUGCACGAGAAUGCGGUAUCAAACAGCUGCGACAGCUGCUGCUGUGGGUUCUGAAUUCUUGUCAUUGUCUUCGUAUACGCCAGCUAGAUUUAGGUGCUUCUUCUAAGCUUUUAAAUUCCCUUAUCCCUGGGGAGACGUUUGAUGAAGAGGGGCCCCCUGGGUUCUCGGGGUCCCCCGGAGGGGACCCAGGGGCUUACAGGGGCCCCCCGGGAGCCUCGUCGCAUUUCGAAUGCCAGGGAAUUGAGUGCAGUUUUCCGGGUGCCCCGCUGAUCUCUUCUGGGGCCAGGGAGCCCCCAAUAGGGGCCCCCUUGCCCCAGAAGAAAGGCCCGGCCCCCUUGCCCCAAAAGAGGGGCCCCUGCGGGGCCCCUGGUCUUGCUGUUGCGGGCUGCUUUGAUGCCUGCUUAGCUGCUUUCGUUUCAGGUGUAUAUUCAGCUCGUUAUGAGGCGCAGGCACCCGCCUGUGCUUCGCUGCUUGCGAUUGUGCUGCUGCUUGUGCUGUUACUGCUGCUGUUGUUGCUGCAGCUGCUGCGUCGGGUGUCUCGACUGUCGAAGGCAACGUGGCGGAUGGGCAAAGUAAUUGGAGACUACGCGCCUUCCUUCCGAGCUGUUAAUCUGUGGAAGCCUUAUAUGGCGCAGACCUUCUGGCUGUACUGCCUGCUGGAUGCGAUGCUGGCUUCGAGUGAAGGAGCAGCAGCAGCAGCAGCAACAGCAGCAGCAGCAGACGGAAUACCGAAAGAAGGGGGGGCAGCAAGAGCAGCAGAAACCUCGUCUUCGCAACUCCAGCAACCUGGUGCAGUGGGGGCGCCCCAGCGCUUACCUCUUAUUCGAGUGUGGGGUGUCCCCACAGACCAAACCGUCUCCAGCCCUUCCCACGCCGCGUACUUCAGGUAUGGAUAUCUAGUUGCGCGGCUGGGGGAUCGCUGCCUCGUGCGGUGGGCGUCAGUGGGGGCGUUUGCUGCUGCAGUAGAAGAAGACAUUUCUGCAUGCAAACAAGCAGCAAGCGCUGCUCCGCCUAACCCGCAGCAGCAGCAGCAGCAACGGCAGCAGCAGCAGCAGCAGCGGCAGCAGCAGCAGCGAGGAUCUGCGGGCGGCAGGACCUCUGCUCGCCUCGCUGGGGUUGUGGGUGGAGGCGCGACGCAUGCGGAUCGCCUCACUGAUACUUUUGGGGCUUUCGAUGCAUGCGUUGAGGCUGCAAGGGUAGAGCCUGCUGUCUUCGCGUUCGCAGCUUGGAGACAGCAGCAGAAGCAGCAGCAGCAGAAGCAGCAGCAGCAGAGGUGGCUGCAGCCGGGGCAGUGGGUGGAGGUGCUGGCAGCUCGAACAGAAGACAAACGCUUUUUUUACUCCUCUAUUGGUGUUGUUCAGCAGGUGGUGGCUGGAGGAGGCGAUGCACCGUCUUUGCUUUAUCAGGUUGAGUGCCUCGGUCUUCCUCCUCGCUCAUUUUCUCGUUUUUCUUUAGGGGUUUCUGCUGGUCCUGCUGAGGCUGCUGCAGUGCUGCGAGCGACAUGCAAAACGCUGCUUGUGCAGCAGCAGCAAAUACAACCCCUUGCUUUUCUGCUGCCUGGUGAGGCAUGGGAGUGGCAGCAGCUGCAUGCAAGGUGGGGGGAAGCAAACUGUGUGCAGCUGCCGCAUGCAUACGGAGUCGAUCUCAAAAACACCAACUAUGGGGGGCGGGUGGUGUACGCACUCUCGCCUGCCACCCGCAGGACCAAUGGUAGCUUAGGGACCUCUAGCAGCAGCAGCAGCAGCAGCAGCGGCUGCGGCGAGGCGUCGCCCCAUGUGGCGAAGGCAGCAGCAGCAGCAGCAACAACAGCAACAGGGGCAGGAGCAGGCGUUGGUGGUGCUUCGCGUGCGCACAUUGAGUUGAACUGCCAGCAGCUGGAGUUUGCAGCGAAGCAUUUGCUGCACCCGAGGCAGCUGUUUUGUCGCUUUGGGCUUGAGGGGAAUGAGACAGAGGGGGGCCCUGCAGAGACCUUCUCAUCUCUUGGUGUCAGUGAGGCCCCGCCUCUUCUCUCUCCUCUUCUUUUCUCUCCUCUCCUUUCUCCUUCUGUCUCUAAAGGAGACAGAGGGGUUGCCUCUCGGCCGGCUCAGGGGAAGGAAGCGGCUACGGGGCUCACACCCAACAGCAGCAGCAGCAGCAGCAGCAGCAGUUCGGCUCAGGGAGGCACAGCUUCUCCUGCUGGCCGCAGUCGCUUGAGAGGCGCCUCUGAGGAGUCAGCAGGCAAACAGAGUGUCAAGGGUAACAGCAAAACGAGCGAGAAAGCAGCAGCAACAGCUGCUGCUGCUACUGCUGCUGCUUGUGACUCUACUUCUCCUAAAACAGGUUGGGCCUCCCCUAAGGCACGGAAGAGGUUGCUGCUGCACUCGUCUCUGAAAGAGGAGAAGAGGCUGGCAGCAGAGGCCCUGGGGGGCUCUUCGGCGCUGCUGCUGCAAGGCAACGACGCUCAGCUCCCACCCAGAAAGAAACAACAAAAAUGCAACAGAAACGCACAAAUUAAAGCUGCUGCGGCAGGGCCAGGCCCCCCCGAUCCGCUGGUGCAGCAAAAUAGAGGAACAGGAAAGAAAACGCUGCCAGAGGCGUCGGUGGUGGUGGAGCUAUCAGAUGAAGAGCAACAGCAGCAGCAGCAACAGCAGCAGCCGAAGCCGCCGCAGCAGCAGCCGCAGCAGCAGCUGCCGCAGCAGCAGCUGCCGCAGCAGCAGCUGCCGCAGCAGCAGCCGAAGCCACAACAGCAGCAACAGCAGCAGCAGCAGCAGGUGAGCAGCAAAUCUUCUGUAUCGUCAGCAGGGGAUAGGGAUGAGGAGGAGAAGGUGAGCAAAGAAGGAAAGGGAGAAAGCGAAGAAAAUACUCCAUUGGGGCUUUUGCUGCAGCAGCAGCAAACUGCAGCAGAAGAGGCCUCUAUAGACACAGCCUUGUGGCAGUCAGAGCGCCUUUGUCUCCGCUGUCGCAUGCCCAUACCAACUCGCCAACGCGCAGCAGCAGCAGCAGCAGCAGCAGCAGCAGCAGGCGCAGAUGCAGCAGCAGCAAAUGCAGCAGCAGGUGCAGGUGCAGCAGCAACAGACGCAGGUGCAGCAGCAGCAGAUGCAGGUGCAGCAGCAGCAGAUGCAGGUGCAGCAGCAGCACCUACUGCUGCAACAACAGCAGCACCUGCUGCUGCAACAACAGCAACAGCGGGAGUGCCCUCCUGGUUUGGAAGGGGCCCCCCUGCUGCCGGAGUGCGGCGGCGAUUUCGGGUGUAUGUACGGCGGAUAGGCGCAGAGAAAAGGAGACGUGAACAACAAGAAAUCAAAAGUCUCCUGCACGACCUACAGCUGCCGAUACCCCCACUUUCUACAGACUGCACGUACACCGAAAACAGCAGCAGCAGCAGCAGCAGCAGCAGCAGCAGCAACAGCAGGAAGCAAGAUUACGAUCAGCAACAAGAAGCCUUCAAGCGUUGCGUACAGGUCGUUGGCGGAGUCGCCGUCCCAGCGGCCUCGGUCGCAGAGAAGCAAAUGAAUUCUCUCCGCAGCAGCAGCAAUAGCAGCAGCAGUAGUAGCAGCAGCAUUAGCAGCAGCAGUAAUAGCAGCGGCAGUAAUAGCAGCAGCAGUAAUGGCAUCAGCAGUAGCAGCAGUAGCAGCAGCAAUAUCAGCAGCGGCAGCAGCUCAAGCGACGCAGCAACAGUUGCGGGCGUUAGGGGUGCGGCUGCUGAGGAGAGCGGCAGCAGCGGCAGCAGCAGCAGCAGCAACAUGGCGAAGGGGGACGACGGCCAUUGUUCCUUAGAGCAGGCCUGCUGCUGCUGCUGCAGCGGGAGCAGCAACUGCUUCUGCUGCAGCAGCAGCAGCUGCUUUUGCUGCCACCGCCGCCUUCGUUUCUCUAAGGCGGAGUAUCACUCCCCCCAAGGCCCCGCCGACUGUCCUGCUGUAGCUGCAGCAGCACCAGCACCUGCAGCAGCUCCUGCAGCAGCAGUAGCAGCAGCACCUGCAGCAACUCCUUCUGCAGGUGCUGCUUCUGCAACAGGAGCUGCUGCAGAUGCUGCUGUUGCUGCUGCAGCAGAACUGCAGCUGAGUGCUGAUGAGUGGGCCCUUGUGACUGCUGCCUUGGGGCUGCUGGCGCGUCGGGGCGUCGUUGGUUUAAUUGCUGCAGAUACCUCUCCUUCUUUUUCUUCUUUUUCUGUUGCUUCUUCUCCUCAUCUCCGUCUGCUGCCACUGCCUGGCCUCCGCAUUGCGCCUGAAGGAGCGCAUGCAGCGGAAGCUCCAGCUGCGCAUGCAGCAGCGGCGCAUGCAGCCACAAGUAUGGCAGCAACAGCAGGUGUAGAUGAAGAAGAGGCGCUGGAGGAGGUGCGGCGGGUAUUAGAAAGGCGCACGAAAGACCCUCCCUUUUGGGGCUUAGGCUUGCAGCAGGGUAGAGACAGCAGCAGCAACCCGGAAGGCGGAGAUGCUGCUGCAUCAGCAGCAGAAUCAGCAGCAGCGGGAGCUGCUUUACCAGCAGACGAUGUGCUGUGUGCGAACUGUUUAGGAGAGGGCUGGGUGUCAGAAUUGACACUCCCUCGCCUCCUUAACGCCUAUAGAAGCGAACACAUGAAUACCACAUGCAGCGCGCGUGCAUGCAGCAGCAGCUCGGGGGGUCGCUGCAGCUGCCGCGGGGCGGCAGCAGCUAGACGCAGACGGCCGGGAGCAGCAGCAAAACCACAAGUAUUCGGCUGGAGCCGACAUAGUGCUUUUCAUGGUAUUGCUGCUGCUGCGCAUGCAUGCAACAUAAGCCAAGCUGACGCUGAGCAAGCAUACAGCGAAUAUGCAUGCAUGCAGCUGGAGCAGCACCUGCACUAA